AAUGGAACCGGGUUCCCUCCUAUAAAUACUCUGGCUUUUCCCUGGCUCUGCCUACAUAAGAAUCAGUCACCAUGUUCAAGCUGGUCUUUUUUGCCUUGUUCCUGGCAUACGCCCACGGCUGCGGCAAACCGGCAUAUUUGCCAAAUACUUCUCGAGUUGUUGGAGGCGAGGACGCCAAACCCCACAGCUGGCCAUGGCAGAUCUCCCUUCAGUACAAUAGGAAUGGUGCCUGGUCCCACACUUGCGGCGGGACCCUCAUUGAUGCCAGCUGGGUCUUAACCGCUGCCCACUGUAUCAGCUCCAGUCGGACCUAUCGGGUGGUCCUGGGCAAACAGAACCUCGAAGAAGAAGAGGCCGGUUCUGUGGCUGUUGCUGUGGAGAAACUGAUCGUCCACGAAAAAUGGAACUCCUUCCUGAUUGUGAACGAUAUUGCUCUGCUCAAACUUGCCGAGCCUGUAGAGUUCAGCGACACGAUCCAGCCCUCUUGCCUGCCUGCCGCAGACACCUUGCUGGCUCAGGAUUACCCUUGCUACGUCACCGGAUGGGGACGCCUCUGGACGAAUGGCCCCAUCUCCAACGCCCUUCAGCAGGGUCUGUUGCCCAUUGUGGAUCACCAGACUUGCAGCCAACGUGACUGGUGGGGUUCCUCAGUCCGGACCACCAUGGUGUGUGCAGGAGGAGAUGGUGUCAUUUCAGGGUGCAAUGGGGAUUCUGGCGGUCCUUUGAACUGCCAAAGCGCCAACACUUGGGAAGUUCAUGGUAUUGUGAGCUUUGGAUCUGGGCUGGGCUGCAACACCGCUAAGAAGCCCACUGUUUUCACCCGUGUGUCUGCUUACAACUCCUGGAUAACUGAGAAAAUGAACCAGAACUGAGGUACGCGGAUCCCAUCUUGUUACGUUGUUAGGGUUUAAUAAACCUUUUCAUCACAA